AUGAUAUACCUACUCGGCAAUGAGCGGCCGUUGUGGAACUACAUUCGUCAGUGGCUUCCUUUGGCAUACGAUGAGAAGGUUACUCCGGCAGAUUUCGAGUUCAUUGACCUGAGCAAAUGUCCGGAUUCGGAGUUGCUGGAAGACAGAUGUGCAGAAUGCAUUGAUGAUCUGAAUGCGGUUCUCGGAACACUUCCCCCAAAAAGAGGUGGACCACUUCAGGUCUCUGGUGGCCAACUGAAUUCCCUUCAGAAUGGAGUGUAUGUUCCUAUCAUGAUCUCUAAGGAGAAGGCUUCAAAGGAAAUUCAAGUACCGGUCGAGAAGGAAAGUCAUAAUCCUACUUGGACGAAGGAAACCGAUAUGAUGAUCUUGAAGACCUACAACGAUGUGGAGGGGGGUGUCGAAGAUGUAGUGAAAGAGCUGGUGAAAGUGAUACCGUACUCCUUUGCGGAUAUAGAGAAAAGGCUGAAUUUCCUAAUUUCUCUUUUUUGA